AUGCCAUCGCUAACGUUGCCAUCGAUCGGUAGUGCGGAUAAUCCGCUCGUUCACCAUCAUCAUCAUCCCCCAGUCAUCUCAAUCACUCUCAGUCAUCCUCAGUCAGUCAUAGAUAUCCUCAAUCAUCCGCAGUUUUUGCAACCGGUUCUAGCGGCUAUUACUGAAAAUUCUUCUAAUAUGGAUACUUCAUCGGACCACGUCCCAGUUUAUGAAUUGGCAUUGGAGGAGGAGAAGGAGACUUUCCUCGGAAUGCUAGAAGAAAAUAGCACGCCGCUUGAUAAAUUCCUGUUCAAGGAUCCGGAUGUGUACACAUUGCUCUUAGAGGGGGCAGAGUCGUCAGAUGGGGAGAGCGAAAUCAGUCAGGCCACUGAUGGUUGGAAUGUGAUUUUAGGUGUAUUCCUUCUGUUCCCGAAUCUGCUGUCAACGUCAGAUUUGGAACUAACCAGAGGAGCAUUGGAAGCGAUGCAUACGCUAUUACCUGGAUAUCCGGAACAUACUAACUAUGUUUAUCAUACGAAGAUGUUGGAUCUGGUGAAGUCGAGUCUCCUUGAAAACGAUGUGGAUCUACAGGAGUUGAAAAACGAGGUUCAGACUUUUCUAAACGCCAGGGUAAUACCAAUUCUGCCACCAUGUACUAUCACGUUUGUAGAUUGA